AUAAUCGCCUCUGACAACUAUCCCCGUAAUCAGCCUCAGAUCCGUUUCCUCACACCAAUUUUUCAUCCCAACAUUCAUCCAGAGACUGGCAGAAUUUGCCUCAGCAUACUGGAUGACUGGAGCAGUAUUUACAGUCUCCUCGACGCCAUCAAGGCGGUCCUCUUUCUUCUUUCCAAUCCAAAUUUUGAUGAUCCCAAUAACUCCUUCGGUACCUUGGACCCAGGAUACCAGGACAGAUUCGAUGAGGUGUGCAGACAAUUUCUUGCCGGAUUUCCCAUCAAGGGCAUGGUUCGACCGGCGAACGAGAACUGGUUGGCCAUGCUGAAUCGCAACCUUCCACUAAGUCGACUUCAGUGGUGA